UCUUCGCUGCUUUUGCUACGCAAGGCCUUGGGUUGGGCUUUCUCUCUCCUUCUUUCUCUCCCCUUCUUUCUCUCCCUCAAGCUGCUCAAGCUGCUCAACCUCCAUAUCCAGCUACCUCAGACCAAGCUCCUUCUCUGUGUCCAUGGCAGAUCCAGCCUCUAAACAUUAAAAUUUUAAAUCUUUCCUUUAAAGGUUUCUGCUUCUCUCAAAUCUCAUAUCCGGAUCCGUACAGCAUUUCUCAGCUCGAGCUCACACUACUUAAACCAGGCUCCGAGCUUCGUUUUGCUUCAUGGGUUCGAAAAGAAGCAAGUCCGAUUCACCGGACCCGGACGAGCCGAACCAGGUCGGGUCGGAUUUUCCAGACGAGGUUUUGGAGCAGGUCCUCGGCAUGGUGAAGUCCCGCAAGGACCGGAGCUCGGUCUCGCUGGUGUGCAAGGACUGGUACGAUGCGGAGCGGUGGUCCCGCCGCCAAGUGUUCAUCGGAAAUUGCUACUCGGCGUCGCCGGAGAUAGUGACCCGGCGGUUUCGGAGCAUCCGGAGCGUGACCCUGAAAGGGAAGCCCCGGUUCUCGGACUUCAAUCUGGUUCCUCCGAACUGGGGCAGCGAUGUUCAGCCUUGGCUGGAGGUGUUUGCCAGCGAAUACCGGCUUCUGGAGGAGCUGAGGCUGAAGAGGAUGACGGUGACUGAUGAGAGCCUUGAGUUCUUGGCUGUUUCGUUUCCUGGGUUCAAAGCUCUCUCGCUUCUCAGCUGUGAUGGGUUCAGCACAGAUGGCCUCGCAGCCAUUGCCACUCACUGCAAGAAUUUGACUGAGCUGGACAUACAGGAGAAUGAAAUUGAUGAUAAAAGUGGCGGAUGGCUAAGUUGCUUCCCCGAAACUUUCACAUAUUUGGAAAUACUAAACUUUGCCAGCCUCAAUAGCGAUGUCAAUUUCGAUGCUCUUGAGAAACUUGUACGCAGGUGCAAAUCAUUUAAGGUGUUGAAGGUUAAUAAAAAUGUAACCUUGGAACAGCUACAGAGGCUUCUUACCCAUGCUCCUCAGCUUCUGGAGCUAGGCACUGGCUCAUUUUUGCAAGAGCUCACUGCCUGUCAGAAUUCACAACUUGAAAGAGCAUUUAGCAAUUGCAAUAAUUUACACACGCUCUCUGGUUUAUGGGAAGCAACGGCCCUUUAUCUUCCAGCUCUGUAUCCUGCAUGUACAAAUCUCACUUUCUUGAAUUUGAGUUAUUCUGCUUUGCAAAGUUGGGAACUUGCUAAGCUUCUUGCUCAUUGCCCACGUCUGCGGCGCCUUUGGGUCCUGGACACAGUGGAAGACAAAGGGUUGGAGGCUGUCGGAUCUAACUGUCCUUUGAUUGAGGAACUCCGUGUUUUCCCUUCUGAUCCUUAUGGUGAUGAUAUUAUCCAUGGGGUGACUGAAUCUGGGUUUGUUGCUGUGUCUUAUGGCUGCCGAAGACUCCGCUAUGUCCUCUACUUUUGUCGGCAGAUGACUAAUGCAGCUGUAGCAACGGUUGUAAAAAACUGCCCUGAUUUCACCCACUUUCGUCUCUGUAUAAUGAACCCAAGGCAACCAGAUCACAUAACAAAUGAGCCCAUGGAUGAGGGUUUUGGUGCAGUGGUGAAGACUUGCACUAAACUCCAAAGGCUUGCAGUUUCAGGUUUAUUGACUGACCGCACAUUUGAAUACAUUGGAGAAUAUGCUAAGAAUUUGGAAACGCUUUCAGUAGCUUUCGCUGGAAAAAGUGAUUGGGGGAUGCAGUGUGUGCUGAAUGGUUGUCCAAAGCUCAAGAAACUUGAGAUAAGAGACUGCCCAUUCGGGAACGCGGCUUUGCUCUCAGGUUUUGAGAAGUAUGAAUCUAUGAGAUCACUUUGGAUGUCAGCCUGCAAUGUGACAAUGAACGCGUGUCGGCUAUUGGCAAGUGAGAUGCCAAGAUUGAAUGUUGAGGUAAUGAAGGAUGAUGGGAAUGAUGAUGAUCAGGCUGAUAAAGUCUAUGUUUACCGUUCUGUUGCUGGGUCAAGAAGGGAUGCCCCACCUUUUGUUCUCACUUUCUGAAGGUUGAAAACCUAUUGUGCUUACCCUUUGAAGCUUACAAAAUACAUGGUACCUUCCGUCAUCAGGUUACAUGGUCUUUAAUAUCCUGCUAAGGGAUGAAACUAUUUCAUGAGCCCUGCCUCUGUGCGCUUGUUCAGGCUGUUCAUGUUUUUCUAUCAUCAAUCCACCAGUUCCUAUGAUCUAAGACCAAUAUUGUUCAUACAACCUCAAGUUUCUGCAGAGGACAUUUAAAGACAUUGGAUUUGAUAAUUUUACUUUGGUUCAGCUUAAUAAAUGGAAAGUUGAGAAAACGAAGGAUGAUAAAUUACUGAACUUGGAAUUUGUUCAUUUAUUAUGAUAUACAAAUUCAAGGAGAACAGGAAGGCAGUAAAGAUUUAUGAAGCAGAGCUUUAUGCCUUCACAGCUUCCAAUGGCGGGAUCCUAUUUGCAUCAGCAGCAAGAUUGACCGUACCCCUGAAAAGCAAGAAUGCAAGGCUACCAAUCAAGAAAUGAAUGAAGCAGCCUUGGCUGUGUGUCACAAACGAACCAAAAUCUGUUCCUACUAUGCACUGCCACCCAGUCCCGUAUGACUCAUCAAAUUCCUGCAUGGAAACAAGCACAGAAAAAGACACAUGAAUUUCAAAUGAUUUAGUGAUGAUUCAGUGCUGAGGAUAAUACUGGAAAGAGGAGCUGACCUUCUUUAUGAAUUGGGCGAUUUCGGUAGGCUCAGUGAUAUCGAAUAUAUCGAGAGCCUUUGCAGCUAAAUGGAGCGCGUCUUGCUGCAUUGUUUGAAGCAUGUCAGUCUCGUUAAUGACGGCUUUGCCUUCUAACAUGGCUGCAGAAAACCUGCCUUUGAGUUGCUUAUGUUGAGAUUGGUGAAAGAGCUAAAAGCAGAUGAAGCAGUCUAGAUUGAAGACAUAGGCAACCGGGCUAUAUGGAAAUUGGAACUUUGAGUUUCUACGCAAGUCCAGGCUUUCCGAUCAUUCUCAAAGAAUUAAUGCAAUGGAAUAAAGCCUGGUGGUCAGGAAACGGACAAGCUGAUUGGUCAUGUAAGAUGGGGACAUGGAAGAUGCAUUGCUAGUGCACUUGUUCUUGCAUCUGGUUUGAUCAAUGGCUCAGAAUCUGCGGUAGCAAAGGGCAUUUUUAGUUUGGGGUCCACAUUAUCUUGGAGAUGCAGGACGUAUGUGGUUGCAUAACGAAGACACUUCCCGUGAGUGUCAUGGAUUAUGUUGUGAGGUUGUUAAUGAGUUAUCUGUUUGCUUGUACUUCUGUUUACUUUUCUUCUCUUUGUUGAUGCGAAGACCUUUUAGCUUCUGACAGAUUCAGGUUCAUGGGAAAAGAACCUGAAGAAGUUAUCAAUAAAACAGAAAAUUGCUUCUCAUUCAGGUCCUCUGCUUGCAUCAAUGA